AUGGCGGUUGAUACUAACUAUCUUCUGGGCCUGCUGUCAAACUUACGCGAAACUGGAGAGUUCUCGGAUACUGAAAUCAAAUGCGAGCCUUCAAGCUUCCAACUUCAUUGCUGUAUUAUUUGCCGACAGUCUGCGUUCUUUGACGGGAUCAUGAAGCAUGAUUGGAAGGAAACCAGAUCACGCGUUGUUACAAUCUCCGAUGAUGCCUUCAUCGCCUCCAAAAUGUUCGAUUAUCUUUAUCGUGCAGAUUACGAUGACCAUCCCAAAACCCUAAAUGACCUAUGUGGAAAGGACGAAAAUAAAUUGGGAGAAUCGCCAAAAGUUGAUGCUGAGCAUCAAGAUACCUCUAUUAACACUCUUCCAUCUCACUGGAGACGUGCACGCAUCAAUGUUCAAGUUUACGCUAUUGCGGAGAAGUAUAUGAUAGAUGCAUUGAAAGAGGUAUCUAGGAAGAAAUUGGAGUCUAAUAUGGAAAAAGAGUGUAAUGAGGUCGGCUUCAUCAAUGUUGUGCAGGAUGUGUAUGGGCCUGAGUUUCCACGUGGCUCAGAGCUCUGCAAUGUUCUAGCACGGUUUGCCCUCCAGCACGUUUCCACUCUCAAAAAGUCUCAACAUUUCCAACAAAUCCGAAAAGACUACCCACAAUUUGAGUAUGAUUUUUGUACCUUGUUGAUGGAGAGUGCCACUAGGGUUGUGGGAGUUUUGGGGAGAGCAAAAUCAUUACCCUGGUAG